UGUUUGCUCAAGUGAAUCAAGUGAUCCAAUCUCAAAAAGAAUCGGUGAUGGGAAAGGUUUGCUCUGUGCUCUCGGGGCGCCCCAUGGCCAACCUGGAGGAAGUUGUCACCGUGGUCAAGGCCAUGGAACACCAAGCAGAAGAAGCUGGGCUGCCUGGGCUGCUGAACCGGUCACUGACUCCAUCACACACAGCGGUCAAACAGCAGGCCUUGACCGGAAGACGGAGAAGUCUGCUGAUGGGUUGCAACUACUUGAACACCUCAAAUGAACUUCAUGGAUGUGCAAAUGAUGUGCGCCGCAUGAUUCCAGUGCUGAAAAAGAUGGGAUUUGCUUCUGAUGAUGCGAACCAGAUGCUGUUGUUGGAUGAAGAGACUUGGGAAGGCCCCAAGCCCACAAAAGCCAACAUGCUCGAAGCUUUGGAAUGGUUGGUGGCUGAUGCUCAACCAGGAGAUGCCCUGCUGCUCCAUUACUCUGGCCAUGGUGGCCGCGAGCCAGCUGAAGGAGGUGGCUAUCAUGAAACUCUGGUGCCCUUGGACUUUGAGACUGCGGGCAUGUUGCGAGACACUGAGCUUUUCGAGAAAGUCGUGAAACGUUUGCCCCAUGGCUGUCGACUCACCUGCAUCCUGGAUAGCUGCCAUAGUGCUGGAGCCUUGAAUUUACCCUACAUCUUCGUUGGAACCGAAGAUCAGCUGAAAAAAGCCAUGGCAGGUGAAGUGGUGAGGAUGGCCAUGGAGGUGAGAUGGAAAUCCGACUUAGAAAAGUGGGCGGCAGGGUCUUCCAAGGAACUCUUUAGUGAUGUGGGUUCCCUUGGGAAAAAUGCCUGGCAGAUGUAUCAGGAUGGCUCUGCCACCGGCUUCGUGAUGGACGAGGCUGAAAACCAAGGCCUCGCCGUGGGCGAAGUUGUGGCCAUCUCUGGCUGCCGCUCCGACCAAACCAGUGCCGACGUGGCGGAUGUAGAGACCUCCUUCGGCCUGUCUGGUACCAUUGGCUCAGCAGGGGGUGCCUUGACCUCUGCCCUUGUGGAGGCCUUGGAAAGGAUGGAAGUGAUGGAAGGGUCAGGGUCAGAGAUCACGUAUGCAGAUCUGUUGGAGCAAAUGCGACAAGAACUGGCAAAGAAAGGUUUUGCUCAAGUGCCACAGUUCGUGUCCUCCCUUUUGGUAGAGCUGAAGCAGCCAUUUAGGCUGGACACUAUUUGGGUGGAGGAUGAAAGUGAGCAGUGAGCCAGCAGCACCCAAUUUGCCAUUGUUUUGCCAACCUCUGAAUAGAGCGACUUCAGGAGGUUUUUUUGCAAAUUCCAAUGCAUUUUUGUUGUAGACAAUUGUUCAGCUCCUGUUCUCCUGCUUGAGGAGGCAUGUAGUUGGGAAGUAAUGCAUUUGCAGAAGCAAUUGCUGAGAAAAACA